AUGGCUUCAAACUUCCAUGUACAGAAGCCCUACGUGCUUACAACGUUGCCGAGGCCAUUGGACCCAAAGACAGGCCGCUAUGUCGUUGGCGAGGUGUAUGGAACUGCUGAAGGUUCGCGGAAACGCAAGCGCUCCGAGGUGACGGUGGGAAUUGAUGGAGAGGCUGUCAACAUUUACAAUGUAUCAUCUGCGCGGCUUGUCACUUCGUAUCCAAUUCCUCCUCAGUCGGCCUUCACUUGCUCCCCAUGCUCGCUGCGCCGGAGAAUUCCCAACAGCAAAGAUAUUGCGCGUUAUACGUACGCAGCUACCGCUGACCCCUCAACAAAGGUUACUCUAUUCAAAGACGUAGUCGAGUCUUCCGGAAAGACCACAUCUUCGACCAAGACCUUCACUCUACCCUCGUCGAAGCGAGUUGUUUAUCUGGCAGCACGUCUCACCGAUUCGAAAGGAUCGGAAGCGCAAGAGUCUUCUGGCGACGAGGUCAUUCUGGUCCAGGAAGAUGGAGAAAUCAUCGGUCUGGACGGCGAGGUGCUGAAACAAAAAUGGAAGACCAGCCCAGCCAUCCUGCACCAGGAUCUUGCUUUCGGCUCAAAGUCAGGCUUCCGUGUUGAGACGUGUAUGUCGGCUCGUGCUUCGGAAGUUAUUGAUGGCAUAUUCAAGGGCAACCGUGAUGCCCUUAGCUCCGUCGCCAACCACGCGCAGGGCAAUAUUGAUGCAGACAUACUGCUAGUCGUUUCCAGUCUUGAAACAGACGGCCGACGGAUGCGUCACUUGCAUCUCCUGGGCCCUAUCUCGCAGUCCCAAGGACUCGCGCAGUCCAACAAUGGUCUUGUGCAGCUUCAUGUUGUUCCCUUGGCUACUCCGACGGACAAGGUCCCGACUUCGUCACAGUACCGUCUCGAUGUGCGCUCUGGCACUCUCACUGAGCUUGCCGACGGCUCUCUUACUGUCCAUGACUUGACAGCCAGCAUUCCUAGAGUGAGCUCCCAAAUGGAUCUCGGUUACGCAACUUCUUUCGUGAGGCUAUCCAAGACAUCUAUUCUUGCCUCGAGUGAGAGCUUGCUCAGUGUAUACAACCCUCAAUAUCGAUCAUUACAAAGCAGUGCGACCACAGAGCUGGAGAGCCACGCUGAACCAGAAACAUCCAAACUAGCAAGCUGUGACCUCGUCGCCUACUUUUCGAAAUUGGAGCUGGCUAUUGGUAUCAGUGGGCCUCAACUUCUGGCCAUUCAACUUGAAGCCCCGAAGUUCCGCACGAAGCGGAGGGCCGAAGGACUCCUGAUCGACUCCAUUGGCUGUGGAAUCCCAGACUCGAAGCGCGUGGCUACCGAGCUCACAAAGCGACCUGCCGGCUCUUCGGCCUUUGCAAAUUACCUGCCCGGCUCCGUCUUUGGAGACUACCUAGGUGCUUGGACCAAGGAUGUGCAAAAAGCCGACGAGCUGCUUGACGGCGAUGCAAUCCAUGAAUUUGAAGACUUGCUUGCUCAAAAGUUUGGCCUGUCUCUCAAGGACUCGUCACUCACGAAUGGGGCAAAGCAAACGAACGGGGAAAUCCAGUCCGCCCCUGAAUGGGUGUGGCCGAAAGACAUGACCAAGUUCCCGCGAGUUGAUAAGCGUUGGAUUGUGUACGCCAUUAGCAGAGCAUUUCAAUGGAGCCAGGCACAGGGAGAGGAUAACGCUGCUCCACGUCUCGUAUACGUCUUGCCAGACACGAAUGUCUUGACUUACCUUGCGGCUGCUGGGCAUCUCACAAUCUCAAAUGUCAAAUCCGCCUUGCGGGAGGAUAUAUCUGGAGUUGAAAACAUUGAUCAGGUGUUGGCUAGCGAAUUGGUUGCACGAAUUGCCGAGCUGAACCCUACCUUUGAGCUCCUGACCUGCUAUUUGCGGGCGACCGCCCUUGGCCCCGUAGAACUGCUUCUCGCUGUUCGGUGUAUGAGCACCUUGGACGCUAUCCGGGAUCAAGCGCAAUCGGCACCCAAGAUGCUAAUGGAUAGCACUGCGGAAGGGGCCGCAGGAACUGAGGACAUCAACCAAGAGCUAGAUCAUCUCGAGGAAGAGGUGCUCAAGGCUGAGUCGAUCUUGAGAGGCAAUGCAGGUAUCCGCGAGGAAGGGCUCAGCGUAGCAUUUGCAAAACUGGGCAACUGCCCGGCAUCAUCAAUGAUCAAAGCACUGCAGGCAACCCUCAAACCAAAAGAGAUCAUGGACCUUAUCUUGCAGCUGCGCAUCGAGCUGUACAAGGGUGCCUGGACCUCUCGCUAUGUAGAAGACAAUACCGACUACGACGAGGACGCUGACCUGAACCCGCCCCCGGAUGGCAGCAUCAAGCUCAUUGCUGAUCUCCUCAGCCGUUGCGUCGACGCCAUUGGCCUUAGUGGCUGGCUGCUCAACGACUCUACAAUCUCCCUUGGCGAAGCGGGCGAUGUUAUUGCCGCUUUAACCUUGGAGGUUUCCACGGCCUUGGAGGGCCUAGAGGAAGCAACCUACCUCAAGGGCGUCGUGGGCGAGGCCGUCAGGUACUGUGAGGCUGCCCAAAAGGAGGCCAACACCAAGCAGAGGUUUGAUCUGGCCAAGCCCAUCAGCCUCCAGGUCAAGGAACCCGGCUCAGAAGCCCUGCCCCUAGGACUCAAGGUCAAGGGUCGCAUCGAAAAGUCAAAGAUUGCCAGUGGUGGUGAGAUUGUGCAGAGAAGCACACGUGAAAAGGGUCACCUCCGGAGUCAGCAGGUGGGGCAGUACUCGUUGGAGAGGAUUGCUAUCUAA